AAGAAGCACUCAACAACCAAGAGUGAAGAAAGAUAUGUGGUAUGUCAAAAGCAUGCCGAAACAAAGAGAGCUUUGAGAGACCUUGUCUUUAGUGGCCGUGUCUCUAAUAUUUUAUUUCAGGAUGAAGGUCCAAUAUGGAAAUUUGAUGCGAAAGAAGGCCGGGAUUCAGAUGGCUCUGUUAAGAAGAAUCAGUCGAGGUUUUCUGGACGAUGUGCUGGAAAAUCUAACCUCAAAAAAAGAAAACGAAGGUUUAGAAGACACAGUUUCCCGGAGGACUUUGAUAAUCCCGAGACAAUAUUUGAAGCUGCAUUUGGGAGCAAGUGGACUACUUGGUCUUUUAGGGAGGAUUUUACUUUCCGAAAUUCAGACUUUGGAUUCGAGUGGAGAGAAAAACGGGACUGGACUAUUCAAAGAACAGAAGAGCAGGAGAUUCAUAGCGAAACUGAGUCUGAGGAUGAGUCAUAUGCUGUAGGAUCAUGUUCUGAUAGAGAGAUCCUUGGGCUACCUCUAACUGGCCGCUUAAAGCUCGAAGAUGUUAAAAAGGCCUUCCGCUUAUCAGCUUUAAAGUGGCAUCCUGAUAAACAUCAAGGCCCUUUGCAGGCAAUGGCUAAAGAGAAAUUUAAAACAUUUGCUGCUGCAUACAAAUCAUUAUGUCAUGCUUUAGCCUGAGGUGACACUAGUUUUCCUUAAAAUUUAAGCUCCAAGUGAAGAAUAGCUACAACAAUUUGACCAUUUUUUAUUUUAUUUUGUAAUCUUCAUAAGCAAUUCUCCUCCCACCCAAGUUGGCUUU